AUGUGCGUCUUUUGUCUCGAAAGUGAAUGCAAAGCUGAUUGUGUUCAGAAGUUUGAUGAGAGACUAAACUCGAUGUACGAGCGUCUUUUAAGUAGCUUCGCAUCUACAAAGCAAGUAAUUGAUGUUGAGGUUAUGAAACAAUCACGUAUGUUGUGUUCAAGGAGGAACUCUCUAAUUCAUAAACUGGAAACUCAAUUCAAGCAAGAUGUACAAUCUGUUCAAAGGCUUAUUGGUUUAUUGGAAUAUGCUAAAAGCCGAAAUAAUUCUGAACGAAAUGGUCUGGUUGCCUACAUUGAAAGUCAACUAAAUAGUUUACUUUAUCGCCAAUUUGCAGAAUUAGAAAGUUUUGAAAUUUUGGACUCUUCACCAACCUCUAGCAGGACGUGUAGCUUAUGUGUUUGCGAAAAGAUGGAUAAAGCUCCAGCGAUGGCUUGCAAACAAUCUGAAAAUCCAGCAUCCGUUCCCCCGGGGAGUUGCCAUUUAUUUCCGCCUAUAUUGAAGGACUCGAAUGCUUGGCUUCCGAAGCCCUCAAAGUCCAUCAAAUUAGACAAUGCUGAGAAAAAGGACCUUGACGAAAAACUUGAGGCCUUGGCUAUCAAACAGGAGAUUGAGAAGUCAGUAAAAGACAUCGAAUGCCCGCGUCGAGUAAGGUUUUGGAAGAUUUAUCAUAUUAGCUGCUUAAAAGAUUUUAAAGCCUUCUAG